AAACUCACACAGAAAAGAAAACAGUCCCGUCUUGUGCCCAGAGGACAGAUGCCGCCAUCUACGCACACCCAGAGAGAGGGGAGGAGGGAGGACUGACUUUUGCAUAGAUGUCACAUUCCCCCCUCUCUUCCUCUCUUUGGUCUUUCCUUCUACCCAGGCUGUCUGGAGCUGCAGAGGACUGUCAGCCUGUACAAACGAAGCACAAGAUCUGUGCCGGCAGAGCAAGUGUGCCUACAGCUCUGCUACCUGCUUUACCCCCCUGUAUCACUCUGCCUUACACAUGCACUCCAAAAUGCUUUCAGAGGCACACAUUCAGAGAACUUUCACACACGCACAUAGACUUGCAUCCUGACAAGCAGGCAGGCAGGCAGGCGCGCCCCCUCCCAUUAUCUGUGCGGCGAGCAGUUCUGCUCAUAUUGGUGUGAGCAGUGAGGGCUGUGCCUCGCUCAACCUCAGCGGCGGCAGCGGCAGCAGCAGCAGCAGGACAGGUCCAGAGGAGAGCGCUCAUCACCAGAGAUCACACACACCAGUUUCUACAACUAAAGCGUGGGAUAACCAUGGAGGACUCCCUCACCUGCAGCCACGCCACCUUCUCCCAGGUGUUCGGACGCCAGGGACAGCUCAUGCAAGCCACGGUGCAGUCUCUCAACAACCUGAACGACCAGAUCGCUCAGUUCAUGGUGACCAGACCUUGUACCCUGGCUGACGAGGAUGAGACCUUCAUGCUGGGAGAGAGGGACACCUUGAGGAAGUCCAUGACUCUGAUGAGACACCUGCUCAUGGAAGCUCAGGAGAAAAUCCUUAAAAUGAUGGAGGACAAUAAACAGCUGGCACAGAGGAUUGAUGGGGCCAUCCAGUCUGCCAGUCAGGAAGUGACCAACCUCCGCUCUGAGCUCUCCGCCACCAGCCGCAGACUGGCAGAGCUGGGUGCCAGCAGUCCCCCUGCCUUGGAGAACCACCACCAGCACAACCACCAUGAUGACAGCCUCCACUACCCAGAUACAUCAGUGCAUCGCAGACAGAAGACAGUGGUGACAGACAUGUGCUACCCGACUGAGAUAUCCAGCCUGAUGGACUUUGGCACUCCUGACUGCUCACUAGGCAAAGUGUUGCUGCAUGAGGAGGUUGCCCAGCUUCAAGAAGAAGUUCACCUGCUGAGGCAAAUGAAAGACAUGUUGAGUAAGGACCUGGAGGAGACCCACGGAGGCUGCUCUGCCAAUUUGCUCUCCGCCACCGAACUCCGUGUGCAGCUGGGCGACAAAGAGCAGGAGCUAGACCGUGCCAAGGAGGCCUUACAAGCUAUGAAAGCUGACCGUAAGCGUCUAAAAGUGGAGAAGGCAGACCUGGUGAGUCAGAUGCAGCAGCUGUACACAACUCUGGAGAGUAGAGAAGAUCAGCUGCGAGAAUUCAUACGCAACUAUGACCAACACCGAAAGGAGAGUGAGGACGCAGUGAAAGCCCUGGCAAAAGAGAAGGACAUGUUGGAGAGGGAAAAGUGGGAUCUGAGGAGGCAGACCAAAGAAUCCACGGAGCAGGCCAACACCUUACGUUCUCAGAUGGACAUGAAGGAGAACAGGAUCAAAGAACUGGAGGCUGAGCUCACCAUGGCAAAGCAGUCUCUGGCCACCCUGACAAAAGAUGUACCGAAGCGCCACUCGCUGGUCAUGCCGACAGAGCCAGUGGUGAACGGCAGUCAGGAGUGGGUGAUGCAGGCCGACCUGCCCCUCACAGCGGCCAUCCGUCAGAGCCAGCAGACCCUCUACCACGGACACACCACAGACAGACAGGCUGUGGUCAGGAUCAGCCCCUGCCAUUCUCGCCAGCCCUCCGUCAUCUCUGAUGCCUCGGCGGUGGACGGGGACCGCUCGUCCACGCCCAGCGAUAUAAACUCACCUCGUCACCGGACCCACUCCCUCUGCAAUUCUAUGGAGGACCUGGAGGACCAGAAGCGUAAGAAGAAGAAGGAGAAGAUGACUCUGGGAUCCCUGUCACGGGUGUUCACUCGGACCAAGCAGCGCAAGUCACUGGAGCCUGGCUUGUUUGAUGGUACAGCCACCCCAGAUUAUUACAUAGAGGAGGAUGCCGACUGGUGAUGCUGAGCGUGUGAGCAUAUAGAGUGUGUGUGUAGUAGUGUUUGAUCACGAGUGGCUUUAAAUGUGUGUAAAAAGCAUUUUGUUGAUGGGUUUGCCUGUGUGAUGGGGUAAAUUUUAAAAGAAAAGCCCUAAAAGACACUGCUAUAUCCCAUAAAUGUAAAGUAUAUUACCCUCAAAUUGUAUGUUUGUAAAUUAGAUAUAUAUUUAUAGAUGUACAUGUAUGCAUAUGUAUAUAUGUUUACAUGCAUAUAAAUAUAUACAGUACAUGGGGUUAUUAUUAUGUGUAGACAUGUUUAUGCUGUAUUAUCAUUUAAAUGUCUUACUGUUUUUUGUUUUUUAUAACUGGAGACUUGAAGGACUAUUGUUCAUAUGUAAAUAGGAGUAAUUGUGAAGCUAGUGUUUUUAAUGUCACUGUCAGUUGGCUUUUGUUACUUCACAGUUGUUUUUAUCAUGCAUUGCAAUAUUAUAUUUCUAAGUUUCUUCUUAUUCCCAAUCGUUUAUAGCCCAUUUCUUGUUAUGAAAGAGGGGAGGGGAUGUUAGCUGAUUGAAUUUUUGGAGGUGGGGGGAGGGGGGGUGUUAAUUGGCCAAAAACUGCCGUUUCAAACUGCUUUAUAUAUAUAAAAGCAUUUUUCUGAAGGCCCACUCAUCCAUUUUAUGUUAAACAUUAUAUUCUUAGCUACCAUAAAUAAUUGAGUGGCCAACAAAGAGUUUAGAUUUUAGAUAUGUCUUUGAUAAAAAGAAAAAUGCAAUUGCACAGACUAUAAUACACAAACUAAAACCAAACGAUAAUGUAUAUUCAGGCAUCUGCUCUCAAAACCAUGUGCAAGUGCCAAAAGUCAAACACUCAUCUUUGAAAAAUCUGCGUAUCAUUCUGUCACUGUCGGCUCUGGCCUCGUAAAUAUUUGUUUAUGUCUGACUCAUGUCUUACUGAGAGCUUUCUAACAUGUGCCAACAUGAGACGAAGGAAUGCGCAUUAAAUACCUGCAUGAUCCCUCUGUGUUGCUCCAUUCAUUGCCAACCAAAUUAAUAAUCGCCAUAGUUAUGUGGUGCUCCUGUGCUGCCCUUACUAAGUUAUCUUUCCUUGCGUUAUGAAUGCAUGGUCCCUUUUUUCUUUUUUAAAAUUUAUUUAUUAGGUUUUUUUUUACAUUUUUUGUUUUGCUUUGUAUAAAACCCCUCUUCAUUUCUUGCAAAUGUGGCUCUAACAAUUCUCUGUUAAAUGCUUUGUAAUUUAGAAGAUGUUGCAUAAAAGAUUAAAUCUAUUGAAGUAUUUUAUUUAAAAACAGAGGAAAACAAGUAUAAAUUUCAAAUAUUUAUCUGCUGCAGCUGUUGCUGCCAGAUUUUGAGGAGGUUUUAGCAUUUUCAAAAUGAAUUAUAAUUGAAAUGAAGUCUUAUUUUAAAAAUAAAACUAGUAAUUGAA